AAUGAAACAAUCCGAGGUUGAGUGAGCUCAGAUCGAUCCAAAACUAAUGCAACCUAUCCUUGAACCAAAACAAACCCAAACCGUCCGGAUCCGCAAGCCGUACCCGAUCGAGCCGAUCUCGGAUCCAUCAUGAAAUUGAUAUGUUUGAGCGGUUGUCCCAACAAACCGUGUUACAUCUUGAAAUUCAAAGGCCUGACCUUGAUGUUGGAUUGCGGACUGGACAUGGGAUCAGCCUUGAAUUUUAUGCCCGUGCCUCUGGUGCAUAGCCAAAAGCUCCAACAGCUCGGAAAUUAUCAUCCCAAAGAUGGACAAGAUCCCGCCAUAGAAAUGGAGCUCAAAGAAGCCAAUGUCCUUAACCACGUGUUUGUGGAUUCUGUGCCGGAAUUUGCCGCCCCAGAUUUGACCAUGGUCGACAUGGCCGAAGUGGAUUGCAUCCUGAUUUCCAACUACUCCAACAUGUUGGCCUUGCCUUACAUCACGGAGGAAACUGGCUUCAAAGGCAUGAUCUUCCUCACCGAACCCACAUUGCAUUUUGGUCGUCUAUUCAUGGAAGAGACCAUUGAAUACAUCGCACGAUCUACCAAAGGUCAAAGUGCGCGUCGAUGGAAAGACCUCCACCAGACUUUGCCUCAUCCUCUGUGCGAAUCUGUCAAUCCUCAAGCUUGGCGGACAAUUUACAAUCGAGAAAUGAUGGAAUCCUGUCUGUCCAAGGUCCAAUUGGUGGGUUACAGCGAGAAAAUGGACGUGUUCGGGUUGUUGGAAGUGAGUCCAGUCAGCUCCGGAUAUCGUCUGGGAUCGUCCAAUUGGAUCAUCUCUUCCGAGUUUGAGCGCAUCGCUUAUGUGAGUGGCACUUCCACAUUGACCACCCAUCCGUGUCCCAUGGAACAAGCACCCUUGAGGAACAUGAAUUGCGUGAUCUUGACCGCUCUCACACAGACGCCGCAAACCAAUCCGGAUCCGAUGAUUGGCGAGUUCUGCAAAACCGUGAUUGAAACCACAAGACAGGGUGGUAACGUGCUCGUACCCUGUUACCCGUCGGGAAUUGUAUACGAUCUGUUCGAGUGCUUGGCCGGUCAAAUGGACAUUAAUAGCUUGUCCACAAUUCCCAUGUUCUUCGUGUCACCCGUGGCCGAUUCGUCCUUGGCCUAUUCCAACAUCAUGGCCGAAUGGUUGUCGGCCACAAAGCAAAACCGUGUUUAUCUACCGGAUGAACCUUUCCCCCAUGGAAAUUUGGCCAAAUCAGGUCGACUCAAGAGCUUCCGAUCGCUUCAUGACGAAAACUUCAGCACGGAAUACAGACAACCUUGUAUAAUGUUUUGUGGACAUCCGAGCCUUCGAUUUGGCGAUGCGAUUCAUUUCAUCGAGUUAUGGGGAUCAAAUCCGAAUAAUACGAUCGUCUUUACCGAGCCCAGUUUUAACCACGCGUUGGCCUUGGCACCGUUUCAGCCUUUGCUCAUGAAGGCUGUCCAUUGUCCAAUCGACACAAGCCUGAACUUUGGCCAAUCCAAGAAGCUCAUUCGCGACCUGAAGCCAGGAUGCCUUGUGGUUCCUGAAAUAUACACCCAUCCUCCCGCAGCCACGCCCAAUCGAUCUGAUCUCAAGAUGGAAACGGAUAUUCCCAAGUACACGCUUUCGAGGUAUGAAACCAUCACCCUGCCCAUCAAAACCAAAUUUGAGUCCAUCAAUAUUGAUCCCAAAUUGGCAUCUGCACUUAGACCCGUGGAGAUCCGACCUGGCUUGGCGAUAGCAACAAUCACGGGCAACCUCAUCGCCAAAAACAACAAAUUUGAGUUGCUUGCCAUUGAGGACAAACCGAUUGAAAUCCCACAAAAGAGAAAGCGCGAUUCUCGCGGUUUGAUAGCCUCUUCAUUGUCCACUUCAUCCACUCCAUUGAUUCCAAUCAAGUCCCGGAAACCGGCCGAAUACCUCUAUGGCAAACUUAAUGUUAAGGAAUUCGUACAAAAAUUAUCGGCCAUAGGGAUCCAAGAUGCUCGCGUAGAAGAACUCUCCAAAGGAUGCUCCAUUAUUAAUUUGGAAAGCGAGGAUACUCUUAUUCAAGUGGAAGAGUCGCAAACCCAUAUUUUGAGCCACGAUGAAACCGCCAAGGACAAAGAUUUGAAUCGACAAAGAAUUAGGGAUCUUUUGCUUGGGUGUUUGAAUAAAUUCUGAUCGACGG